ACCUUUUUUCCUCUCAUGCAAUACCAAAACUGACCCUGCCUGGCAGAGGGACUCUGCUAGGCGAGCGGAGCCCACAUCGCCGGCACACCGCGGGAGCCGGCUCUCCCCUCCAGCCUCCGCAGCCCCCUGCGGGGCAUCGCUGCUGCAAGUUCGCCGGAGGCAAACGCCGGGGCCGGGGUGCGUCCUCCGGGCGCCGGGGAGCGGUCGCUGCCCACGGGCUGUCCCUUUGCCCCGGCCCGGCCGGGGCCGUGGGGCGGCGGCGGGGGAGAGCGGCCGCCGGAGGGCAUUGCCCGGAGGCGGCGGGGCCGGGACCCGGCAGGAAAUGGAAGGAUGAAGUGUGCAGCCGGAGCGGUGAUGUUCCUUCUCUCCUUGCUUUCCCCUGCAGGAACGUAAUCCGCAAUGCUAGUUCUCAGGUUGCUCAAUGUUGUCGCUCCAGCCUACUUCUUGUGCAUCUCCCUAGUGACCUUCGUCCUCCAGAUCUUUCUCUUCAUCCCCAGCAUGUUCAGAGACCCUUCCACCACCCCACUUUUCUCUCCUGCUCUGCUGCAUGGGGCCCUCUUCCUCUUCCUCUCAGCUAAUGCCCUGGGCAACUACGUCCUUGUGAUCCAGAGCUCCCCUGAGGACUUGGGCAAGGGCUUAAACUUGGGCGAAGGAGCCGAAGUGGUGGCGGACUGGCUGGAUGGAAGCAGGUCCCCUGGCUCAGCCUUGCCCAGCACUCACUUCUGUAGACUGUGUGCCAGAGUCACCCAGAGGCAUGACCACCACUGUUUCUUCACAGGGAACUGCAUUGGGAGCAGGAACAUGCGAAACUUCAUCAUGUUCUGCCUCUACACCUCCCUGGCUUGCCUCGACUCCCUGGUGGCAGGCAUGGCUUACAUUUCUGCUGCACUCUCCAUGUCCUUUGCGAACCCGCUGGCCUUCCUCACUCUUCUGCCUCACUCCAUCAGCCAGUUCUUCUCAGGAGCUCUCCUUAGCUCUGAGAUGUUUGUCAUCCUCAUGCUCUACCUCUGGCUUGGGAUUGGACUGGCCUGCGCUGGUUUCUGCUGCCACCAGAUGCUGCUGAUCCUGCGUGGGCAGACGCGGUACCAGGUGCGGAAAGGGAUAGUGGUAAGAGCCCGGCCCUGGAGGGAGAACCUGCAAGAGGUCUUUGGCAAGAGGUGGCUGCUAGGACUUCUCAUCCCUGUGCUGAACGUGGGAAGUGACUACCGUAGGCAGAAAGUGAAAUAAAAUCCCCAGGAAUGUGCGUGCAUCCCAUGCACACAACACCUCCCCUGUUCUCUCCCACUGUCUCCUGGAUCACUGAAGGGCUGGGCGACUCCAUCUCUCGGGAUUGCAGCCUCUGUGGGAGGAAAGGACUGGCUAUCAAACAGAAUAAAUUUAGCAUAUUAACAAGGAGAUCACAAACCAUGUAGAUUAAGAGAUACUGCAGCUUAGUAGUCACAUCACUGCACCUGCGUACGUGGCAACAGUCUUUGAACUAGCAGAAAAAUUAGUCAGACCUUCCUGUGGCUUCCUGCCUGACUCCUCCAGCCCCCAGCCCCAUUAGCCACCCUAUAUAGUCCCUUAUGAACCGCAGCAGGAGCUUUCAGAGAGCCUGGCCUGUUGUGGUAGACUGCAAAAACGGUGUCUCUGUCUGUUCCUUGGGAGGGGUUUGCAGGGUGCCCUUUUGGCUCUGAUAUGCUUGAGGUAACAUCACGGUACUGAGAAGCCUUUAAUGACAGAACUGCAAUGCAAUCAAGCUGCCCUAGAAGCAAGCUAUGCACAUGGCUAAGGCGACAGGUAAACCUUCUCUCCACAGGCUAGAAAAUCAGGAAGGAAACAAAGAGAAAUACAGAAUUUCUCAUUUCUGUUCUUGAUCUGCUCCCUGUGCAAUGAUAUGUCAGGACUGUAGCUCCGCUACUUAUUUUUAGCAGUCCUUUGCCCAAUGACACAGUCCAGGCAAAGCUGCCCUUCUGACAGGGAGCAGCAAGUAGAUAAAUCAUGAUCAGAUGGAGGCACAAGGAGAGGAGACCGCAGAGGUGAAUGAAAAAGCUGUGUCUGAGAAGCUGUGUGAUGAGGCAGGCUGUGUGUGCCUGUGAGAGAGAGAAGGGGAAGUGUGGACACACAGCGAGCUGUCAGUAGGGUGCCAAGAGCCCUGCUGAUGCGCCUGAUCCCUGAUGCAUCACCCUCUCACAGGGGCACCUGCACCAUUAGUGCUGUGAAGAAUUCAAAAUCUCAGAAGACAGGGAGGUUUUCCAGCUGGUCAGGAAGCUUCACUUUGCACUAAAACAAACAAAAAAAUGUUUACCUCAAAUAUCCCUGCCACACCGUAUUUAUAGGCUCUCCAGGGCAAUUACCUCUCGCAUUGCUGCAGAGGGGUAAAUUCAUCCAUGUUAUAACUCCAUUAAGGAGGUUAAUGGAAUUACUACAGGGAUUAAUCAGCCUAAUGUGUCAGUUGUUUUCUAGCUGCAGCAACAGCCCAUGAGAUCAGUGCUGAGAUCCUAUGCUUAAUAGGUGCCUUAAGAAAGGAUACCAUGACAUCUCUACGAGGAUCAUAGCACUGGAUUCUCCAGCAGCUGCAACAAGAAGCCUCUGUUUUGGGAAACUGCAUCAGCUUAUGCGGGCUGGAUAGGAAUCCAUUGCUUCUCUUCAGUAGGCUGGGGAGUAUGCUGACAAGCCGUGAAAAAUGUUAUUUCUUCCUCAGAAAUGCUCUCGGUGCAUCUCAGGUCGAAGAAUGCACCUGCUUUCAUCCUUGCGUUUCUCACGAGCCAUAACAGAGGCACUCAUUGCUACAGGCUUUGUAACCGUCCUUCACUGCUACAGACUUGCAUACACAUUUGGAUCAAUAACAAACAAAGUCUAUUGUGAUGAGCAGAGUAACCAUGAAAAUAUACUGGAAAAACCCUUAGCUGGAAAAUUAAAAGCUGUAGGAUGUAUGUCCUUCCACACUCUGUGUGUUCACAUGAAUGCACCGCUGUUCCCAUGAGUAAUACGCUGUAUUUUCACUAACAGUGAACAAUAAAAAGUGUUCUGAUUUUUUACAUGAGCUGUAUUGUGCUUUUUGG